AUGAGAGAACAGAGAGAAGAAGAACGACAGAAGAUCGAGGAGGAGAGACAGAAACAGAGAAGAGAGAGAGAAGAAAAGGAGAGAGAAUAUAAAGACAAGAAAACCGAAAUGGACAGACAUUAUGAAAGACUGGAACGAGAGAGAAAAGAGGAGUGGGAGAGAAGAAAACGAGAAGAUGAUGAGAGACGAGAGGAAGAGAGGAAGAGAUGGGAGAAAAUGCAUGAUGAUCUGAAACGAGAGCAAGAAGACGAGAUCAAGAGAAGAGAAAAGGAGGAGAAGGAGAGGAAAGAAAGAGAAGAGAAAGUGCGAGACGAAAUAAAAAAGGAAUAUGAAGAGAAAAUAAAAGUCAUAAAGAAGAAACAUGAGGAUGAAGCCAGAAAACAAGCAGAAGAACUGAAUGAUUUCAGAGAGAGAAAAGAGCAGCACGUUCAGGAGCUCAGUGAGAUGCUGGAAGAACGUCAGAAACAACAGGAAUUACUGGAAAAACUCUAUCAGCACCUGCAGGAGCAGAAAGGAGCUGAAAUAAAGGAGCUGCAACAAGAAGUUGAAAAACUGAAAAUUAAAACAAGCGGCUGUGUCAUUCUAUGAUUCUU